AUCAACAUCAAAUAAUUGAAUGCUCUUUUUGAAUGGAAGUUACAAACAAAUAUGUGGCCAUAAAGGCUAACAUAGAUGGAGCACCUCAAGAGUCUGAUUUCGAGCUGAAAAACGAGUCAUUCUCUCUACUGGUUAAACCCGGUUCCAAAGAUGUCAUCAUCAAGAAUUUGUAUGUAUCAAUCGACCCAUAUCAGAUCAACAGAAUGAAGACUGCUAGUGAUUCUCAAACUACUUCAGUUUUUGCUACUAUGAUUGAUCCUGGAAAGGUGAUUGAUGCUUAUGGUGUGGGGAUAGUAAUAGCUUCAGGGAAUCCUGAAUUUGAAAAGGAUGACUAUGUUGUGGGGCUUUUAAGCUGGGGAGAGUAUUGUGUAUAUAAUGGGCCUUACUUAAAUAAAGUGGAUGCAAUGGGCUUACCAUUGUCAUACUAUGUUGGGGCCUUAGGGCUUAGUGGGCUUACUGCUUAUGCUGGGUUCUUUGAAAUUUGUAAGCCCAAAAAGGGUGAAAAAGUCUUUGUCUCUGCCGCUUCUGGUUCUGUAGGAAAUUUGGUGGGCCAAUAUGCAAAACAGUUUGGGUGUUAUGUAGUGGGCUGUGCUGGUAGCCCAAAAAAGGUGAAAUUGCUUAAUGAAAAGCUUGGUUUUGAUGAAGUCUUCAACUAUAAAGAAGAAACCGAUCUAAAUUUAGCUCUCAAGAGGUAUUUCCCUGAUGGGAUCGACAUAUACUUUGAUAACGUAGGAGCUGAAAUGCUAGAGGCAGCAAUAUUAAACAUGAACUUGCAUGGUAGGAUUGCAGUGUGUGGGGUCAUUUCAGAAUACACUGACAACGGAAAACGUGCAAUACCAGAUAUGUUAAGUGUUAUAUACAAGAGAAUCACAAUACGUGGAUUCUUAGCUGGUGAUCACAUGGGCAUGUUUCCCGAGUCUUCUCCACAACCAUUGAUCACCUCAACAAUGGAAAAAUUCAUGUGCUUGAAGAUGAAAACCCUUGAAAUCUUUUCUAACGCCACCCUAAAAACACUCAUCAUAUGUCACCUGCCGGAAAACCCUGUUAUUAUCGGACCUCUUCUCUCAGUCCUAGCGACCUCCAACAAUGCUUCUUUCUUCUCCUACGCUCGUUUGAUCUUUCAACACCUUCGAUUUCGGAAUACUUUCAUGUACAACACCAUGAUCCGAGGUUAUUUACAGAACAACGAUCAAGUUUUUGCGUUUUUCUGUUAUAUAGAUAUGUUAAGGUUCGGUCUUGUAGCUAAUAAUUAUACUUUCCCACCCUUAAUCAAGGCUUGUUGUUCUUGUUCGAGUUUUCCAAAUGCCAAAUUGAUCGGUUGUUCAGUUCAUGGGCAUGUUCUGAAAUUGGGAUUUGAAGACGACCAGUUUGUGGGUAGCUCGUUGGUUGACUUCUAUUCUGCAAAUUCAGAAAUUGGUAAUGCAAGAAUGUUAUUCGAUGAAAUUCCCAUCAAGGACGUGGUUCUAUGGACAGCUUUAAUCGAUGGGUAUGGUAAAAACGAAGACAUUGUAAAUGCACGAAAGCUGUUCGAUGAAAUGCCUGAGAGAACAGUGAUCUCUUGGAGUGCAAUAAUGGCUGCAUAUUCACGUGUUAACGACUUCCAUGAGGUGAUUUCCUUGUUUUACAAAGAUGCAAAAGCUCAAUAUAAAACCAAACGACUCCAUUCUUGUCACUGUUCUCACAGCCUGUGCUAA